AUGUUCCGUGUCUCGCAAUCCUUGAAGGUACCCGCACCGAUCCACCAGACAGGACCACCAGAAGAUAACAACAGGAAUGGAAUGGCCUACCUCGGGUGCAUCACAAAGUCUUUGGUCGCCAUCGGCGCUAGCGUUGGUCUUUUGGUCAGCACAAGCGGCGCAGUCGCUCUUGCCGAGGGAAAGGAGCGCAAGCAGAAGCUCCCUAUCUAUGACGAGCCCGAGCCCGAGAUGAUGAUCAAGGAGGAACCCACACGCUUGGAUGAGGCCCUUCGUGUUGCCCGCAAGGAGACCGAUCGUCAAAUUUUGGGCAUGAAGUACCACCUCAAGAUGGUCACCAACAAGGUUGUCGAUCUCGAGAAAGAGGCUGAAGUAGGCACUAUCAAGUCGGUUCUUGUCAAGGAGGAGGACGUCAUGCCCGCUGCUCUCUACGUUGUUGUUGCAGGUUUCGCCGGAUCCAUCUUUGCUAGUCGCCGCAACAUUAUGCUCCGCUUCUUGACUCCUGUUGCAUUCUCUGCUAUGGCUUUCGGAUACUUCUUCCCCGCCUCUUCCAAUCGCCUAAUUGCCCAGGCCAACAACUCUGACUUUUCAAAGUACAUCCCCAAGGACGUUCAAAACCAAAUCCGCGACCUUACCAACACUGCCAGCAGCACCAUCAGCAGCGCCACCAGCUCUGCCGUCAGCCAAGAGUCCAAAUUGACCAAAGCUGUUGAGGAGAUCAAGCACAGUGCUCAGGAAGUCAAGGAGGCUUUUGAGAAGACCAGCGUUCAGGAAAAGCUUGAAGAGUCCGUCUCGGUCGCCAAGGAGACCGUCGAGGAUGUCAAGGAGAAGGUCGCAGAGAUCAAGAAGUCUGUCGUCGAGAAGGUUGAGGUGGAGAAGACCAAGACCGAGAAGACUGCUGAGGAAAACAACAGGGAGGAGAGGCUGCGCAAGAUCCGUGAGGAGGAUAGCCUCAAGCGUGUUUAA